GAUGGUAGUUAGUCGCAGAUUGUGCCGAGACGUGUCUCCUGUCUCGCUGUACGUUUUCUUUUUGUCUUUAGGUGGCUGUAAUUCUACGGCGCCAUGGGCGACGCUCAGGCAGUAGCUCCUCUCGAGGCGGUAUCCCACUCAAGCAUCGACUUCACUGUGGAUCUGUACAAGGUGCUGGCAAAUGAACCAGGGAAUCUGUUUUUCUCGCCCCUGAGCAUUCAAGUAGUUCUCGCUUUGGUGUACUUCGGAGCAAAGGGCGACACAGCAAAAGAGUUAGAGAGAGGUUUGCACCUUCCCAGCGACAAGCAGCUCACAGACAAUGGAAUCAAUGCCCUGAUGCAUCGGCUAAAUGGAUCUCAAAACGUGUUACUUGACAUAGCCAACAAAAUAUAUCUACGGAAUGGUUCCGAAAUCAAGAAGGAAUUGAGGCAAACUGCUGACAGGUUUCUUGCUGGAGUUGAGCAGAUAAACUUUGCUGAAUCAGAACAGUCCAGGAAAACAAUUAAUGAUUGGAUUGAAAGCAAAACUCAUGGAAAGAUAAAAGAUAUGAUUGGGAAAGGCACUUUGGAUGCUAGCACUCUCAUGGUGCUUGUCAACGCUAUUUACUUUAAGGGUGAAUGGCUUAAGAUAUUUUACGAGGACGAAACAAAGCCUACACCCUUCCAUUUACCGUCAGGAGCGACGGAAAAUGUUGAUAUGAUGUACGCCGAGGACCGUUUCUUGUAUGCUGAUGUAACUGAAUUAAAUUCGCAGGCUCUUAUGCUUCCUUACAAGGAUUGGAGACUGAAUAUGAUGAUACUCCUCCCAAAAGAAGUGAAUGGUUUGCAGGACCUCGAGAGAAAUCUUGACAAAUUUGAUCCCGUGCAAGUUGUGAAAGGAAUGACCAAAAGCAAAGUGUUUGUAUAUUUGCCGAGAUUCAAAAUGGAAUACUCCAAGUCUUUAAAAGACACUCUGAUAACUCUCGGGAUGGAGUCCAUGUUCAAUCCAGCCAAAGCGAACUUCUCUGGCAUUGUUGACGGGGACUAUGUAGUAAGCCAAGUCUUACACAAAGCGUUCAUAGAGGUCAACGAGAGGGGCACAGAAGCAGCAGCCGCAACAGUUCUCAUAGCACCUGGAUCGAGUGCUCCUCAACUUCCGCCACCAACACCCGUCAUCUUCAAGGCCGACCACCCCUUCAUGUUCUUCAUUGUGGACGACAUCACACGGACGAUCCUCUUCGCCGGACGUCUUGUGAAGCCUUCUGCGUAAUUAUUGUCGUUUUAGAAUACAUAUGUUUUAUAUCCCAGUGAUGCGAAGAAGCUUCUGUGGCAACAAUUUUUAUGAGAUUUCUGUUAUUCGUUCUGGUGACAUGUGGAAGCCCUUAAAUAAUUAAUAAAACUAUUCCAUAAA